AUGAAGUAUAUAAUAUCACUAUUAUUGUUGAUGGCAGUCACCAUAAUUUAUGUCCAUGGACAAGGAAUACCAAUAGCUAACUGUCCACCUGGCGAGCACUCAGUACUUUACUGUCCGCGAAUGGCUGAGCCGACUUGCGACAACCCUACGGUUCAUAAGUUGCCAGCAGUGGGGAAAGCCUGCGGCAUACCUGACUGUUUUUGUAAUACACCUUCAGUUCGUGAUACGAAGACUAUGAAAUGCGUCAAUAAGUUGGAUUGCUCAUAA